UAUGUUUACAAUUUUCAAGUAAGAUGAAAGUUUGAACUUUUUAUAUCAUUCAUCUGUAUAUAUAUAUAUUGUAAUUAUUUUAUAAUCAUACAUAUUUAAAUAUGCCAUCGAGAGGCGAAGAUAUACUCAAAGGUUUUCAAGUUAAUUGGAUGAAUUUAAGAGAUGCCGAUAGUGGAAAGAUUUUGUGGCAAGGCAAUGAAGAUUUAUCUAUUCCUGAUGUUGAACAUGAAGCAAGAGUACCAAAAAAGAUUUUAAAAUGUCGUGCAGUAUCUAGAGAAAUUAAUUUCAGUUCUGCAGAACCAAUGGAAAGGUUUAGAUUGGAACAAAAAGUACUCUUCAAGGGUCGUUGUUUGGAAGAAUGGUUUUUUGAAUUUGGUUUUGUUAUUCCAAAUAGUACAAAUACAUGGCAGAGUUUGAUUCAAGCGGCUCCAGAAAGUCAAAUGAUGCCAGCUAAUGUAUUGAAUGGCAAUGUGGUAAUAGAAACAAAAUUUUUCGACGAUGACUUAUUGGUGUCAACUAGUCGCGUUCGGCUGUUCUAUGUAUAAAAUGCUUGAUAUUUGGUCCAUAUUGGGAUCUGGGACCAAUCGUAUUAACAAUUUUUAUUACACUUUUGCAAUAUGAUACAGGGUUCUUAUUCUCUACAGUUCUAUCUUCAAAUGCACCUCUAGAGAUGAAAGUAAACUAUA